GUAGAAGAUUUUUGUGGUAAAGAGGCCGUCGAAUUACUUAAAUUUCAGCUGAUCGAUUCUUCAAUGGAUUUGAUUGAAGUCGAUGAUGUCUUCUCCACUCUUCAAAUCGAAUCAACUCAAACAACACCAAUCAAAGAAUUUUUGAGUAUUCCAAGCAAAAACAAUUUAGAAAACUAUUCAUUUUUUGUUAUGGCUGGUAUCCGCGUGAAACUCGAAAAAUUUAUUCGUUCGCUGUGUGCUCUUCUUUCAUCUACUGAUCCUUCAUCGUUAGUAAACAUCAAGCCUUUAACAAUUUCAUCUGAACUUCUUCAGCAAUAUCCGUUCUUAUUAGAACUAACAUAUUGUCUAGAAAGGCAUUUAUUAACAGAUUCUUCAUUGGAUUUUAUAUCAAAUAUGUUAUCAAACAUCAUAUGUUCAAAAAAUGCCUUUCGCUAUGAACAAUCGAUGAAAGAAUUCGCUGCCUCCCUAUACAUUCUAGGAGGCCGUACGGUUUAUGAAUUCAUUCUGUUGAAUAUUCCAGGAUCGAUUCCUAGUUUUAGUAUUUUACGAUCAAUUUUGAUAACUUCUAAAAAGCAUUUCAUUGAAGGUGAAUUUCAAUAUGAACGUUUCAAGGACUUUAUUGAUUCAUUCGAUUGUAAGUACGCAUUCUGUGGAGAAGACAGUACUGCGGUGGUACCAACAGUUUCUUCUGACUCACGUUCGAACUCUUUUGUUGGGUUUAACUUGUCCACGCUACUUUUCUACCAGUUCAUUUGGUGAACUUGAAACUUGGUAUGAAGAAAUAGACAAAUCAUCUCUUAUCAAUGUACAUGUGAUUCAACCAAUAUGUCCUAUCGGUCAAAUAUCACCACCGCCAUUCCCUCUUGCUGCUUACGGUACCAACAGUAAAUAUACAGCUAAAGAUGUUCUCGACCGAUGGUCAAGUAUUUUUGAUACAUGUAUGAAUCAAAAUAUUCGAAUUUUAGACUUCUCAGCAGAUUGUGAUCCAAAACAAAUGAAAGCAAUGCGGGACUCCAUGGGAUUUGAAGAACAUCCUAAUCGUUUCGAAAUUUCUUUACUUAAAGUGAGUGAACAAGUAUAA